CCCACUGCGCCCCGCGUGCGCCCCCGCGAAGAACGCGGCCCCCCGCGCGGCGCGGCACGGGGACGCGAUCGAGCCCCGGACGCCCCCUCCCGGGCCCCCAGACUCCUCACUCGGCGCCAUGGACGCCCCGGGGCUGCAGCCUGACCCCGAUGGCGGCGGCGGCGGGGGCGCCUCGGGCCUCGAGCCGGGGGGAGACCCCCAGGGCGAGCUGGACUUCUCCAUCCUCUUCGACUACGACUACUUGCCCAGCGAAGAGGAGCCGAGCGCGCCCACGGCGGCCAGCCCGCUCUCCGGACUCGCCGGCGCCGACCUGGACUAUGGCCUCAAGCCAUACGCGCCCCCGGCCAGCGUGCCCGGCGGGGAGCCCGAGCGGGGGGGGCCCCCCGACUUUCUGAGCCCGGCCGAGCCAGCGGGGGCGUCGGGCCGGAGCCCGCGGAUCGAGAUCACGCCGUCCCACGAGCUGAUCCAGGCCGGGGGGGGCCCCGCGGCCGGCGGGAGAGACGCGGCCCCGGGCCGGCCGCCGGAGCAGACCCCCCCGAUCCCGGCCGCCCCCCGCUUCACGCUGCCCGUGCCCGGCUUCGAGGGCUACCGCGAGCCGCUUUGCUUGAGCCCGGCCAGCAGCGGCUCCUCCGCCAGCUUCCUGUCCGACACCUUCUCCCCCUACACCUCGCCCUGCGUGUCGCCCAACAACGGCGGGGGCGCCGACGAGCUGUGCCCCCCGUUUCAAAGCAUCCCCGCUCGUUAUUCCUCUAGAACCUCGCCAAUAAUGUCGCCCAGGACGGGCCUCGCCGACGACAGCUGCCCGGGCCGCCACUCGCCGCUGCCCCGACCCGCCUCGCGCUCCUCGUCCCCGGGCGCCAAGCGCCGGCUCCCCUGCGCCCCGGCCCCGGGGGCCCCGCCCGCCGCCUCGCCCCAGCGCCCGCCCAGCCCCGCGCCCCGGGCCCCCGCCGGCCUCAUGGACGCCCUGGGCGGCCUGGCCGCCGACUCGCCGCCCUGCGGCACGCCCUCCAAGAUGUGGAAGAUCGGCCCCGACCCCGCCAAGGCCGGCCCGCCCCGCCACCUCUACCCCGCGGACUUCCUGGGCCCCUGUGAGCCCGAGGACAGGAGGAGCUCCCCCGAGUCCAUCCUGCUCGUGCCCCCCACCUGGCCCAAGCAGCUGGUGCCCGCCAUUCCCAUCUGCAGCAUCCCGGUGACGGCCUCCCUGCCGCCGCUCGAGUGGCCGCUGGCCAGCCAGGCGGGCUCCUACGAGCUGCGGAUCGAGGUGCAGCCCAAGCCCCACCACCGCGCCCACUACGAGACCGAGGGCAGCCGCGGGGCCGUGAAGGCCCCCACCGGGGGCCACCCCGUCGUUCAGCUGCACGGCUACAUGGACUCCAAGCCUCUGGGGCUGCAGAUCUUCAUCGGGACGGCGGACGAGCGCAUCCUGAAGCCGCACGCCUUCUACCAGGUGCACCGGAUCACGGGCAAGACCGUCACCACCACCAGCUACGAGAAGAUCGUGGGCAACACCAAAGUCCUGGAGAUCCCCCUGGAGCCCAAGAGCAACAUGAGGGCCACCAUCGACUGUGCCGGCAUCCUGAAGCUGCGCAACGCCGACAUCGAGCUGCGGAAGGGCGAGACGGACAUCGGCAGGAAGAACACGCGUGUGAGGCUGGUGUUCCGCGUGCACAUCCCCGAGGCCAGCGGCCGGAUCGUCUCCCUGCAGACGGCGUCCAACCCCAUCGAGUGCUCCCAGCGCUCUGCCCACGAGCUGCCCAUGGUGGAGAGACAGGACAUGGACAGCUGCCUGGUCUACGGGGGGCAGCAGAUGAUCCUCACGGGGCAGAACUUCACGGCCGAGUCCAAAGUCGUGUUCACGGAGAAGACCGCAGAUGGGCAGCAAAUCUGGGAGAUGGAGGCCACCGUGGAUAAAGACAAGAGCCAGCCUAACAUGCUUUUUGUGGAGAUCCCCGAGUACCGGAGCAAGCACAUCCGCGUCCCUGUCAAGGUCAACUUCUAUGUCAUCAACGGGAAAAGAAAACGGAGCCAGCCCCAGCACUUCACCUACCACCCAGUCCCUGCCAUCAAGACGGAGCCCACGGACGAGUACGACCCCGCCCUGAUGUGCAGCCCCGCGCACGGCGGCCUGGGGAGCCAGCCCUAUUACCCACAGCACCCGAUGCUGGCCGAGUCCCCGUCCUGCCUGGUGGCCACCAUGGCUCCCUGCCAGCAAUUCCGCUCCGGGCUGUCGUCCCCCGACGCCCGCUACCAGCAGCAGAACCCCGCGGCCGUGCUCUACCAGAGGAGCAAGAGCCUGAGCCCCGGCCUGCUGGGCUACCAGCAGCCGGCCCUGAUGGCGGCGCCCCUGGCCCUGGCCGACGCCCACCGCUCCGUGCUGGUGCACGCGGGCGUCCAGGGCCAGGGCUCGGCCCUGCCGCCCCCGGGCCCGGCCGGCCAGCAGGCCUCGCCCGUCAUCCACUAUUCGCCCACCAACCAGCAGCUGCGCUGCGGGGCCCACCAGGAGUUCCAGCACAUCAUGUACUGCGAGAACUUCGCCUCCUCCGGGCCCGCCCGGCCCGGCCCGCCCCCCGGUGGCCAGGGCCCCAGGCUGAGCCCCGGCGCCUUCCCCACCGUCAUCCAGCAGCAGAGUGCCCCCCCCAGCCAGAGGGCCGCCAAAAACGGACCCCCGGCCGGUGACCAAAAGGAAGUGUUACCCGCCGGAGUGACCAUCAAACAGGAGCAGAACUUGGACCAAACCUACUUGGAUGACGUUAAUGAAAUUAUCAGGAAAGAGUUUUCAAGACCUCCCACCAGAAGCCAGACGUAGAGCUACAGCCACCGUGCAAGACAUCUCGGCCCGCCCCUCCGCUGUCGCCACGCCCGGAUGGGGGGCGUGGCCCUCUGUGGGGGGCCCUUGCCCGCUAAGCACCGCUGUGCCUCUCCUUCUCCACGCGUCUGAAUCCCAAAGAGCAUCCGGCGGGUCGUCAUGGCGACCGUCCAUGCAGCGCGGACCAAAGCGAUCCCGAGAACCACGGGACACGCCGGCCGC